AUGUCCUCCAUAAUCGAUGAACUAAAAAGGAUUUGCCUCCAUCAAACUAGCGAUUACUUCACCUGGACGGUCAAUCACUGCGACGAAGUAUAUCCAGGAAUCCUCGUUGGCAACUGUUAUUCCGCUGAAAACAUAGAAAAACUGAAAAAGUUAAACGUCGGCUAUGUCCUAAACGCCGCCUAUGGAUCAGAUGUCCACCUGGGUACAGCAGAAGUUUUACCUGCCGAAACCUAUGCUAGAGCUGGAAUUGCUUUUCUUGGUAUACCGGCCAUAGAUAUGGUGUCCUAUCCUAUCCAGAACCAUUUUAGACAGGCUUCGGAUUUCAUAGGUGCAGCCCUGCAAUCUGGUAAAAAGGUUUUGGUGCACUGUAUGCAAGGAAUUAGUCGAUCAGCAGCAUUAGUUAUCGCUUAUUUGAUUGAGGAAAAAGGCAUGGACGUACUGGAAGCUACCAGAACAGUGCGAAGGUGUCGACAGAUACGUCCCAAUGAUGGAUUUCUUCGACAACUUUGUAUUUUAGAUGAAGCAUGCAAUAAAGCUACUUCGUGCUGA